ACCGACCCGGCGCCGGUGCCCAUAAACUCGAGAGCGACCACCAACGCUGGCAGCCGAAACGCACCGUCAUCUCUACUCGUCUGCCCUCUUCCGCUGCUCCACACGCCGCUCGCUACGCGCUAGGCCGCCGGUAGCUAGCUCGGCAGUACUUGUGUCUCGCUCGCUCGCUUCGAUCGCGUGCUCCGGCGGCGUCGCCCCCCGGCGCCGCGCAGCGCGCAUGCAGGAGCCCGGGCGCCGGCCCGCGCCGCCGUUCGCGGGCGUCGACCUCCGCAGGCCCAAGGGCUACCCGGCGCCGGCGGCGAGGGCGGCGGAGGAGCCCGCGUCCGCGUCGUCGGCGUCGGCGCAGGCGCAGCCGCCCGCCGGCGACCCGUGCCCGCGGUGCGAGUCGCGGGACACCAAGUUCUGCUACUACAACAACUACAACACGUCGCAGCCGCGCCACUUCUGCAAGUCGUGCCGACGCUACUGGACCAAGGGCGGAUCCCUCCGCAACGUCCCCGUCGGCGGCGGCACCCGCAAGAGCUCGUCGUCGUCGUCGGCCUCUUCUUCAUCGCUCGCCGCUGCGCCCAAGAGCACGAAGCGGUCGAAGAACUCCAAGCGCCGCCGCGUCGCCCCGGCCCCGGACCCCGUCCCCGCCACGGAGGCCUCCGCCACCACCACCCGCGUCGCGAACAACGCACCGGUGCCCGCGCCGUCGACGGUAGCCGCAGCGAUGGUGGUCGCCACGGGCAAGCCUACCGCGUCGAAGCCCGCCCCGCCGGUUGCCGCCGCGGAGAAGACGACCGCUCCGGAGCCGGCAGCGACGGUUGCCGCCAUGGAUGAGAAGCUGACCGCUCCUCCGGCGGCCGUCGGCUGUUUCACGUCGGAGCCGUCUACGGCGCCCGGGCUCGGGCUCGCAGAUGUUGGUUGCGGCGGCGGGAAGGAGCUGCCGCCGGACCCGAACCACUUCGAGUGGCCGUCGGGCUGCGACCUGGGGUCCUACUGGAGCACCGGCGUGUUCGCGGACACCGACCCGGCGCUGUUCCUCAACCUGCCGUGAGUCCGCGCCAUGGCUAAGUUAACUGAUGAUCAACCAUCACGACGCACGAGAUGACGAACAGAGCGAAGCGUCAAGGCCAACAAGCUCUCGAUUCUCGAAGCUGGCUGCUGCUGCGCUGCAGUUUCCAGAGUCCACUGUAGUAGUGAUCUCUACUUCUCUUAUUACUAGUGUUUUGCUGGUUUUAAUCGCCACUUUUUACUCCGAUCUAAAGGCUGACAUGCAUGGGGGAUAGUAACCAUGGUGUGCUUGUUUUGAGCUAACCGUGGUGCUCUUGAGGCCAUGGAAAUCACAAGAACAGUUGCAAGGAA